AUUGGUGAAAAGUCGGUUAAUUUCGAUUAUUGUGGUGUUUUGUUUAAUGUUAUAUCAUUUCCAGGAUAGACUUUGUCUAGUUUAAAAAGUAUUUAUAUGCGAUGUGAGCAGGAAGUGAAUACACAAAUACACACGUUAAGCAGAGCUGCUGCUGUUAAUGACAUGACACGGGGGGCUUUUUUAGUAAUGGCGGCUCCAUGCGGUACUCGACAUUAAGUAUCAGAUGGAAAAUCACUGACUGCAUGUUCCGUGACUUUUCCUGGAUAAAUCCUGUGAUUAUGUCUACGAGGCAAGAUGGAGGACUACCGUGCUUACUAAACCUUCUGCUGUUAACCACAUGUGUUCAUCUUUCAUCAGCAGACACACACUCUCUGCAGUACCUCUACACUGUCAAUGGGCAAUCCACUGCUGUUGGCCUGGUGGAUGGAGAGCAGUUUGUGUAUUAUGACGGCAAAAUAAGGAAGCUGAUCCCAAAGACGGAGUGGAUGAAAAAGAUUGAAAAUGAUAAUCCACGUUACUGGAAAAGUGAGAUAGAGUCUAUGAUUGAGCAGCAAGACAGGUUCCAGGUCAUUGUGGAUCGAACAAAGAAGGGAAGACUUAAUCCCACUGAAGGAGAUCAUACAGUACAGAGGAUGUGCGGCUGUGAGCUCGAUGCUGACGGCAACAAAAAAGAAUACAUACAGUACAGUUAUGAUGGAGAAGAUUUCAUCAGUCUGAAUCUGACAACUGGAACCUGGACUGCAGUUAAUGAUAAAGCCGAGAGUUUUAUAAACGACUGGGAUCCUGAAGGCAUUGAGGCUAAAUACUGGAAAGACUUCCUGGAGACUGACUGUAUUGAUCGAUUACAGAAGUUCAUGUCUUACGGCAGCAAGACUCUGGAGAGGAAAGUUGUUCCCGAGGUGUCAGUGUUCCAUAAACACUAUCCUUCUCCAGAGGUGGUGUGUCUCGCUACUGGUUUCUUCCCCAAACCCCUAAACAUCACCUGGCAGAAGGACGGAGAGGACGUUCAUGAGGACGUGGAGCUCAGAGAGACGUUACCCAACCAGGAUGGAAGCUUCCAGAAGAGAAGCAUUCUGAAAGUCCCAGCUAAGAAGCUGCAGAAACACACCUACACCUGCGUGGUUCAGCACAGCAGCUUGGAGAAGGAGUUAGUGCGAGAAGUACCAAAAGGUGGAGGAUCAGAUGGAGGAUCAGGUGGAGCACCCAUUGCUAUCAUCGUUGCUGUAGUCGCGGCUCUCAUCGCUCUUGUUGCCGUUGUUGCUGGAAUUGUGGUCUGGAAGAAGAAGAAAUCUGGAGAUUCUUCAACCACAAGCUUAUAAAGUAUGACUGUGUGUCUUCCUGCUGAACUGAGAGAGAGAGAUGAGGAUGGAGUUUAGGACCACGCAUAUGAGACUAUGGAAUACAAUAGUGUUGUUUUAAUUAUCAAAAUGAUGACCAAAGAAACUGAAUGGUUGGACGUCUGCGAGACAGACUUUUCUAAACCUGCUGCACUGCUUUUUAUUUAAAAUGUACAGUUGUGUUCAAAAUAAUAGCAGUAACCAGAUUGUUUUUAGGAGAAAUUAUAUAAUGUUCAUGGUAAAUAUUUUACUUGUACUGUAGGUGUAGUGGAGUCAUAGAAAACCAACAGACCCAACAGUCAUGACUUGCACACCUGAUUUGGCGUGUUCAAAAUAAUAGCAGUGUGGAGUUCAAUUAGAGAGGUCAAUUAUUCUGUGAAAAACAGGCGUCAAACAAUUUCCUCUUAUUUAAGGAUAAAUGCAGAAAAGGUUGUCCUGUGCAUUUCCCUCUGAAAAUCAGAGUAAAAUGGGUCGUUCCAGACAUUGUUCAGAAGAACAGCGUACUGUACUUUGAUUCAAAAGUUGAUUAGAGAUGGAAAAAACAUACAAAGAAGUGCAGAAAAUGAUAGAUUGCUCUGCUAAAAUGAUACCAAAUAAUUUUUAAGCUUUAAAAUGGAAACCAAAACCAGAAAGACGUGGAAGAAAACGGAAAAAUACCAUUCGAAUGGAUUGAAGAAUAACAAAAUUGGCAAAGACUCAGCCAAUGAUCAGCUCCAGCAGGUCAAAGAUCACCUUAAGUUACCAUGUAAGAACUGUUACUAUUAGAAGAUGACUAUGUGAAGCCAAACUAAAACACAUUGACUGGCCUAAAGAGAAAUGGUGUAAUAUUUUGUGGACUGAUGAAAGCAAGAUUGUCCAUUUUGGGUCUAGAGGCUGCAGACAGUUUGUCAGGCCCCCAAACACUGAAUUCAAGCCACAGUACCACGUCUGUGAAGACGGUGAAGCAUGGAGGCACAAGCAUCAUGAUAUGGAGAUGCUUCUUGAACUAUGGUGUUGGGCCUACUGUAUUUAUUACAUUUCAGGGAUCAUGGAUCAAUUUAAGUACAUCAGAAUACUUAAAGAGGUCACGUUGCUUUAUGCUGAAGAGGAAAUGCCCUUAAAAUAGGUGUUUCAACAAGACAACAACCCCCAACACACCAGUAAGUGAGCAGCAUCUUGGUUCCAGUCCAAUAAGAUUGACGUUAUGGAGUGUCCAGCCCAAUCCCCUGACCCUAAUCCAAUAGAAAACCUGUGGCCCGACAUUAAAAAUGCUGUUUCCAAGAUAAAACCAAGAAAUGCAAAGAAAUUGUGGCGUGUAGUACAAUUGUCACAGAUGUGAAGCAGUUCUCAGAAACCAUAGUUACAACUAAAUAUUAGUUCAGAGAUGCACAAGAAAGAUUAAACUUUAAGAUGUAAAGAUGAAUGAUGACACUGCUAUUUUUUUUGAACAGACUAAUAUUUGUUUGGGUUGUGUUUAGAAAAACUAAUGUUUUUCUUCACUUUCUGUAAACUAAUAACACAUUUAGCACAUUUUUCUUCAUGUUGUGAUUCAGAAUAGAACAUGCAGGGAGUCCAAUGCGUUUGUGUGAUUUAAAAGCUAUUAUAUUUAUAUGGAGCUUUACCCACUUUUUUAACACACUGCUAUUAUUUUGAACACAGCUGUACGACCACAGAUUAGUCUGACAACACCCCUUAAUAAUGUGUCUUCUUUCCUAUUAUUCCCUGUUACCUUUUAGGCCUUGUUCACACGGGCCUAAAAUUUUUGGAUAAACGAACGUGCUCUGAAUGUCCCAGACGUUUAUGUUGCGUUUUGUAGUGGCGAUCGAUUGACUUCUACACCGGCGUUCGUUUGUCUCUGUCUAACAUUAGCCUGCAGCCCAAAUUUAAUUUUAAUUUGUGUUAAUUAACCUGUGGGGGCAGUGUGUCGGGAACUGGAUAUGAAAACCCGCCGCUACAGGGUUCACACUGACUGCACAACGUCGGAUUAAAGGAAGUUUUUUUUGGUUUAUGAAGGAAUGCGAAAAUUUCCGUGUACGUUUUUUAACAGUUCAUUUUUAUUUUGCCCUAUGUAUAGCAUGUAGGAUCAUGGGAUAUACUGUAUCCGGUCCUCCAAAGCGUAAAAUGAAUGCGAACUAGAAGCGGUUUCCUUGCGUUUGUUGGGUUUUAACGUGCAGCCGGACAAACGCAUGUCACCAAAGCCCGUGUGAACACUCUCAUUGACUUCUAUGUGUAGAAAACACUCGUCGCUUGUUUCGUGCUCACCGGAUGCUACGAACGCAAAAGAAAAACGCUCCAUUUUAACGCCCAUGUGAACAAGGCCUUAUAGUGCCUUGUCCAGCAUUCCAAUCCUUUUCCUAUUUAUUAAAAAAUAUAUAUUUUUAUUGCUUUUAAUUGAAUUGAAGAUGCACUUAUCUCAGUGUUUUUAUGUUAAAUGUUCUUGAAGUUUAUCUGGACAUGUAUUAUCCUCCUGACCUGCUGUUAUCAAAGAAAAGCUGCCUAAAUACAAUGUGUUUAAAGUGUUAACCUUAACCAGACGUAUAAUGAUAAUGUAUUUAAAGUGAUAAUGUUGGUACUAGUUUAAUAUUAAGUAUUAAUAAGUACAUGCAAAACUCACUACAUGCUCUGUUAAGGAUAUCAUAUUCCGUGUCCUGAGGCAACAUUUUGGUCUCAGUUUGUUUACAAACCUGUCACUUAACAGAGGUUUUAAAAAAUGCUCAAGAGAAAAGUGUCUGUAUCCACAGAAAUUAAUACUUUUGUGUUUUUUGUGUAUGCUGUUGUUUACUGCCUAUAGUAUUUUGCCCCAGUAUGGAUGUGAUUGCUUACACUCACCACACUCCGUGUGACUGACUUCCCUGCAGACUGAAAAGACUUGACUGAUGUUUCGUGUUAAACAUGAUGUAUGCAGAAGAAAAUGUCUUAGAUUACAAAAUGCAUAGUGGACAAUAAAAAAAACUUUG